CUCCUUUUUAUGUUCUUUUGUUUUAAAUUUUCUUCUUUCUCCGUCCGUUCAAAACACAUCGCAAUACCAUCCCCAAACCUAACCUAAUCGCUACCAUCGACCGAGCCCAAAGCAAACUUCGCCGUCAGAGUCCAGAAGAAGUACCUUUUCUUCGUAUCAUAAUAUUCUCUGCGUUGUCUCUCUCCCUGCAAAUUAUCGACGGAUUCCAAACGUAAUUCGUUAGCCCCUGUUUGGUUGCCGAGCAAAUCCUAGAAACCGCCCAAAAGAAAUUGCGACCCCGUUCUCUUUUUCUUCUUUGAUUUGAUAAAAUAAUCCCGAAUUAUCUUGUCAAUUAUUCUUCUACUUAUUUCUUCUAAACUUAAGGUUGAAAAUCUUAUUCCUUUUAUCUUUCUCGAAUUGUUGGGCAACCAAGCAGGUAAAUUUUCAAGGUAGGUUUUCUAUACCUCCUUUAAAACCCGAAUUCACGUAUCGGAUCUGAUAUAGUUCUGAUUUUGUGCUUUGAUCCUGAGCAGUUUAUUCUUUGUUGUUGGUCUAGUUUAGGAUUCUGGACGGCUUUGAUUCGAAGAACGGUAUCAAUUAGGGCUUUCGUUUGGUGAUUAACUAUAUCAGCGUUUUUGCAUUCUUGGUAUUGAGGAGUCUUGGGUUUUUUGUGAGUUCCAGUAGGUUGUGAGCAUUACAGUUUGAUGGCCGACCGGAAUUCUGUCGUUGCUAAGCCUAUAUGGAUGAAGCAAGCCGAAGAGGCGAAGCUCAAGAGUGAGGCUGAGAAAGCCGCUGCUGCAAAAGCAGCUUUUGAAGCCACCUUCAAGGACGUAGAGAAAAAUCGUGAAAAGGAAUCGGCUUUAUCAGACAGUGAAUCGGAAGAAUACGAGGAUUUGGCGAACAAACCGAUUGGGCCAGUGGACCCUUCAAAGUGCACAGCUGCUGGUACUGGCAUAGCGGGCGGCACUGCAUGUGCCCCAUCUUCGUUUAUGGUGGUAACGAAGGAUGCGGAUGGGAGGAAGGUGCCCAAUGGGGGCGCGCAGAUUAAGGUGAAGGUGUUGCCUGGAGUGGGUGUUGGAGGAUCAGAGCAAGAAGGUAUUGUGAAGGAUAUGAGUGAUGGAACAUAUACAGUUACCUACGUGGUUCCGAAGAGGGGGAAUUACAUGGUGAAUGUUGAGUGCAAUGGGAAGCCCAUCAUGGGUAGUCCGUUCCCAGUAUUUUUCAGUGCAGGUACUCAAGGUGCUAGUACUGGAGGACUACUAGGUUUGGCCCCUGCCUCCAAUUUUCCAAAUAUGGUUAAUCAAACCAUGCCCAAUAUGCCAAAUUAUUCAGGAUCUGUUUCAGGGGCUUUCCCAGGAUUAUUGGGAAUGAUUCCAGGUAUUGUACCUGGUGCAUCAGGGGGUGCUAUUUUGCCUGGAAUUGGUGCAUCUUUGGGUGAAGUUUGUCGAGAGUACCUUAAUGGUCGGUGUGCCAAAACUGACUGUAAGUUGAACCACCCACCUCACAAUUUGCUAAUGACUGCACUAGCUGCAACAACCACAAUGGGGACUGUAAGUCAAGUUCCCAUGGCACCGUCUGCAGCUGCAAUGGCUGCUGCUCAAGCAAUCGUUGCUGCCCAAGCCCUUCAAGCCCAUGCAGCUCAGGUGCAAGCACAAGCUCAGUCAGCCAAAGAAUCAUCUGGUUCACCUGAUAAAGCUGGGAAGGCUGAUGCGCUGAAGAAGACACUUCAAGUUAGCAACCUUAGCCCACUUCUCACAGUGGAACAACUCAAACAACUUUUCAGCUUUUGCGGCACCGUUGUUGAAUGUACCAUCACUGAUUCAAAGCAUUUUGCUUAUAUAGAAUACUCAAAACCUGAAGAAGCAACUGCAGCUUUGGCACUGAAUAAUAUGGAUGUUGGAGGUCGCCCUUUGAAUGUUGAAAUGGCAAAAUCUCUUCCUCAAAAACCACCUCUUUUGAAUUCUCCACUGGCUUCAUCUUCUCUGCCUCUGAUGAUGCAGCAAGCUGUUGCCAUGCAGCAGAUGCAAUUCCAGCAGGCUCUGCUUAUGCAACAAACUAUGACUGCACAGCAGGCAGCAAACCGAGCUGCAACAAUGAAGUCUGCAACAGAGUUAGCUGCAGCCAGAGCUGCAGAAAUAAGUAAGAAAUUAAAACCUGAUGGGCUUGGAGAUGAAGAGAAGGAAGCAAACAGAAAAUCCAGAUCACCAUCAAUCUCUCGUGCGAAGUCAAGGUCUAAGUCAAGGUCACCAGUCAAUUUUCAACGAAGGCGCAGGUCUCGUUCUUACUCACCUCCAUCCCGCCACCCAAGGGAUCAUAGAUCCAGAUCGCCAGUGCGAUCUCGCCAUCAUUCCAGCUAUGAAAAUGAACGGCGGUCCCAUAGAGACAUUCGGGAUGGUGGUGACAGAACUAGAACGCGAGAUUUAGGAAGAUCACAUCGGGAUUCAGAAAGAUCAGAUCGUCAUUCAUCUUCUCUAAGGAGAAACAGGAGGAGUGUGAGCCCUCUAACGAGAAAAUCAUACCGAGCUGACUCGGUCUCACCAAAACGUUAUCAAGAAAGUUCACUGCAUAGAGCAAGGAAAUCAUCUCGUGCUCGUUCAAGAUCCCCAACUCAUCACAGAGGAGGUAGGUCAUCUCCAAGAAUUGACGAUGAAAACAAAUCAAGACACAGAAAACGCUCUAGGUCAAAAUCGGUUGAAGGCAAGCAUCAGUCUGAUGACAAAAUAGAUGAGUCCCGAGAUGAAAAAUCGAAGUAUAAUGACCGAAGGCGGUCCAGGUCAGUAUCUCCUGAAGGCAAGCAUCAUAGAAGCAGCAGGUCAUCUCCAACUCCAAGAAUUUUGGGGGAAAAUAAAUUCAGACAUAGAGGGAGGUCCAGGUCAAAGUCUUUAGAAGGUAAGCCCCACUCCAACGAGAAAUCCAACGAAUCCAGGGAUAAACCAAAACAUAGUGAUAGAAGGCGGUCUAGAUCAAAGUCUCUGGAACGCAAGCACUACACUGACGGGAAAGCAGAUGAAAUAAAGGAAGAAAAAUCUAGACAUCGUGAUAGAAGGCGGUCUAGAUCAAGAUCUGUGGAAGGAAAGCGGCACUCCAAGGAGAAAGCAGAUGAAAGCAGGGACAGAAAAUCAAAGCAUCGUGAUAGAAGACGGUCAAGGUCAGUCUCUGUGGAGGCUAGGCAUCAUAGAGGAGGUAGGUCAUCUCCAAAAGAUUUAGAUGGUAGAAAACUAAAACACAGAAGGCAUUCUAGGUCAAAUUCUUCUGAAAGGAAGCAUCACUCCUAUGAUAGAACAGAUGAGAGGAGAGCUGAAAAGUCAAAGCAGCGUGAGAGAUCACGGUCCAGAUCAAUAUCAGCAGAACACAAGCAUAAUAGAGGUGGUAGUUCGUCCCCAAUAAGCUUGGAGGAAAAUAAAACAAAAGACACAAGGCAAUCUACGCCAGAAUCUGGAGAAGGGAACCUUCAUUCACAUGAUGGAAGGGACGAAAACAGUGAUGAAAAUUUGAAGCAUCAUGAACAUGCAGAAAAGGAACCAGAUACCAUUUUGAAGGACUUGACGAGCAUGAAUGAUAAUGGUCUGUUAAUUUCAGCACGCGAGAAUCGUAACUUGAAGGAAGCAAUGAAAACUAGGGCAAUGGAAGGUGACCAGUAUCUGGAAAACACUCAUUUGACAAAUGUUAACAGUGAAGAUGGUUCAUUUUUUCGAGGUUGUAAAAUCCCCUUGGUUGCUGAGGAGCUACUGGAAAAUGGAGCAUCUGAUAUUGAGCAUCCAGAGCUAGGAAUGGGAGAUCAAAAUAAUUGUGAGAAGUCAAUUCAUGUUGAAAAUAUUGACAAAACUUGCUUAAGCCAGGAUCACGUUGGAGAUGAAUCAGAGUUCAUGAUUGGAGGCAGGUCUUCAGUUUCCCAGAUGCGGAAGGCUCAACAGAGAAGCUCCAUCUCACCUGAGGAAGAUAUGUUUUCAAGUGAUGCCAAUGCAGAAGAUAAAAACUAAUGCUAAAAGUCUAACUGGAGGAUGUGGUUGCUUUUAAUUUGAGACUUUUUAUGCUGAGGGAUGGGUGCAUUUUCUCGGAUAACAGCUCAGUGCUUAGUGUUUCUUUUGGUGCCUGGAAUUUUCUGCUGGCUGUUGGUUCUUCAUAAAUGCACUUUCUGUGUUUUGUUUAUUGCUUGCAGGUCUUGUGGGAUACUGGAAUUACAGUUCUGAAGCUGGUCUUGCUGUGGUUUAAGUAUUUCAAGAAGUGUCAUGGUUUCAUCCACAAUCGGCCAUGUGAUGUUUGUAGCAAGCUUCUUUUACUACUUGAUGAUUGUAUCCUGAAAAAUGCAGGUAUUCAUGGUGAUUUUUCAUUGGAGCUUUCUGAUAUUCAAUUUGGCAGGAUUGAUUUUCUCUGAUAUAAAUAAAGAAAUUUUCUUGGUUAGGUAAAGGUACUGUUAAGGUCCAGUGAAACCAGAUGUUGCUGGGAUGAAUUGCUUCAAAAUUCCAGUGUGUUGAGUAUGAUCAGAUUUCCUGACUCAAUUUUCACGUUACUUAAACUUAUGGUGAAAUGCGAGUGUUGAUUUUUAUCAGGUAAUUUUCCAUGAAACUGUUGGGUUGAGUUUCGUUCCUUUGAAAGCAUAAAAAAUAAUUGUGGAAGCUUGUGUCUGUGCAUGUGGUUAUUUUAUAUGGAUUGUAACUGUACCCUGCAGCGACUUAAACUGGGUGGACCAUUGGAAUUUUUCUGCUUGACCUUUUACCAUACAAGUAAAUCCAAAUUCUAUGUUCUAAUGAUUCUAAUGAAUAUUUGUGCAUGCAUAUACUUGUUGGAGCCAAAAAUUUAGGAUUGGUAUUUUUUCUUAUUGUUAAACGAAAUUUUAUCGAGGAUGGGUAUUUUUUCACGGCUUUACUAUCAUUUUGAAUUCGUUUCUGGAAUUCAUUCGGGAUGUGUUGGGGAGGGGGGCAUGAGUGGAUUUUAGCGCAAGUGUCUUCUUCAAUGUCUGUUGAUCUGAGUUCCUGUCAUAGUAGUUUUUUCUGUCAUGCGCAAUCAACUCUGCAUGUGGUCUUAUCGAUCAGAAAACCAUGAGAAAUAGUUUUUGGGACAAAAGGUUGAUUUAUAAAAUAUAUAUAUAUAUAUUUAUUUCCAACUCCCUGUUCACAAUUGGAACUAACUUUUGGUCGAUGUAGUUGGUGCCUGAAACCAGCCCUGUGACCCUUUCUGUACCUUUUCCCCUCAAUUUUGUUUUUAGGGUAAGCUAUGGAUAUAGGAUGGUUGAGAGAUGCAUACUUUGGGGCUCAACUCUGGAAUGAGUUACGUGAAGUGGAUGUGAAAAAGUUGCAUCUGUCUGAGCUUCCGAGUUUUCAUCUUUUCCCCUUGUUUCAUUUCAUUUUGAUCUUAUAAUCAAUCAUACAUACUUUCCAUGGUAUUGGGGAAUUGCUACGAGAAAACAAGCAUUAAGCUAAGGGGAUUUAGCGUUGACUACCUGCUUUAAUCUUGUUUAUUUACUUUGUA